CCUCAGCUUCUACCUAGUAGAAUUCUCUCUAUCACGAUUCCCCUCGCUUUUUUUUUUUGGCCUUCGGUUCUAUAUCACAAUUCGGCGGAUAGCGCCGUGGAGAGUUACUCUGCAAUCUUCCCGUUAGCAUCUCCUACUACCAUGUCCUAGGAGUUCCUUAUCCUCGUGCUACCAAACGCUCUCUCCUGUUCUCGUUCUGGUUUCAAGUAGUACCUACUAAACCAUAUCCAUCAUCUACUAAGAGGAAUCCGGAAGUCGUCGCCGCAGUAGCCUUGCGCAGAAACCCUAGACAAUGUCGGGCGGCUUUUUCCGGGGCACGUCGGCCGAUCAGGAUACUCGGUUCUCGAACAAGCAAGCUAAGCUGAUGAAAUCUCAGAAGUUCGCUCCUGAAUUGGAACACCUGGUGGAUAUGACGAAAGUGAAGAUGGAUGUGAUGAGGCCGUGGAUAGCAACUCGGGUGACCGAGCUUAUUGGAUUUGAAGAUGAAGUGCUUAUUAACUUUAUUUAUGGCCUUCUAGAUGGGAAGGAGGUUAAUGGAAAGGAGGUUCAGAUUUCUCUUACUGGUUUUAUGGAGAGAAAUACUGGCAAGUUUAUGAAGGAGCUGUGGUCAUUACUUUUGAGUGCUCAAAAGAAUGCAAGUGGUGUCCCUCAGCAGUUCUUGGAUGCCAAGGAGGAAGAGACUAGGAAGAAGAAGGCUGAGUCUGAUCGAAUAGCAAAUGAAAUCCGGAGAAAGAAAGAGAAGGAAAGUCAGGAACUGGGGCAAGAGGGAACUAAGAAGAUGGACCAUGGCAAUGAUAUCUCAAAAGAUUCUGAUAUGGGUGUACAUCCCACUUCAAAACAUCAGUCGGGUGGAAUGUUAACUGGGGAGAAAGAGUCUGUGCAGAGGAAUGGAUCGCGAGGACGAAGCAGGGCCUCUAGAUCUCCACAUUCUGCUGAUCAUUCCCCUUCUACUAGAGGGAGGCGGUCAAGGUCAAUUAGCAAGUCAUUCUCCAAUUCAAGAAGUUACUCAGGUGGAAGACGCAGGUCAACAAGUUUAUCUGCCUCUCCUAGGCGAAGAGGGCGCUCUAGUUCAUCAGAAAUGGUUUACCGCUCUUCACCUAGACGAUCUCUUACUCCUCGUGGGAGACGUUCACCCCAUCGUUCUUUUACUCCAUCCAGGCGCAGAUCAUCUUAUUAUAGGCAACGAUCAUCAUCCCGACUGCGUCGUAGGUCUCCAUCUCCUACUCGUUAUAGAAUGCGUUCUCCUUUGCGUCGCAGAUCACGCUCUCCUCUUCGGCGUAGAUCAAGGUCACCCAUCUGGCGUAGGCCAAGGUCACCAAUUCGACGAUCUCCUCCUCGAGGUAGGUCCCGGUCACCUUUAAGACAUAGAUCAUCAUCUGCAAGGCGUAGAUCACCAUCCCCCAUUCGACGAAACUCACUAUCUCCUGCAAGAUAUGGGUCACCAUCUCUCAUGAGGCAGAAGUAUCGACGAUCUUCAUCAACACCACCAAGGAGGUCUCCUUCUCCAGUUAUGCGCAGGUCUCGAUCUCCAAUCCGGCGUAGGUCUCCUUUGCCAAUUCGGCAUAGGUCUCCAUCUCCAAUUCGGCGUAGGUCUCCAUCUCCAAUUCGCCGUAGGUCUCCAUCUCCAGUUCACCGUGUAUUGUCUUCUCCAGUUGGGCGUAGGUCACCCAUGGGGCGAAGAAGAUCUCCAACUCCCGCGAGUCAUAAAUCCGAUUCACCUCAAGUAUCGAGUUCUCCCCCACCUCGUCGCAACAUUCCUUCACCAAUCAGGAGGAAAUCACCAAGAAGGCAGAGGAGAUCACCUUUGCAAUCUCCUAGAGAAAGGAAGAGAAGUCGGGAGAAGUACUCUCCAGUUCAUCAUGCUGCUCCAAGAAAUACGGUUGAACGCCCAACUAAUGAUCGUCAUAGAUCAAACUCAUCAGAACGUCAGUCUCAAAGUGUCUCUUCGGACCGUAAUAAUUCACAGAGAAAAGUGAGAAGACUGUCUCCUUCACCAAACAGGUCUCCUGCUUCAGAAGCUGACAGGGAACCAAAUUUAAAUGAGAAGAGAAGGGAAAACAAAUCUCAAGGUCAUCAAAAGAAACCUGCUCAGCGAGAUUCACAAAUGAUUAAAGAUGCAUUGCAUGGUGAUAAGGGGAAGCAAUCACCUGUUGGAGAGACACACAGAGCUGUUGAAAAGAAUCAAUCUUAUUCAAAUGAUACUAAGAUUAAUGAUCGCCAUUUUGAAGCUGCUUCAAAGUUGGCAAGAAAGGCUGAGCACAAUGAUGAAAAUGCUUCUGUGGGUUCUGACUCUGAGGAGAGUGAUAGGACCAGGGCUAGAGUCAAAGAUAAGAGAAAGAAAAGGAGGGCAGAGAGGCGAAGGUCUGAGUCGGCUAGUGAAUCAAGUUAUGAUUCUUAUGAAGAAGAAAGGAAAGAGGCUAAGAGAAAGAGGAAGGAGGAGAAAAAAUUGAAAAAGGAGGAUAGGCGUCGGAGGCGGGAGGAGCGUCGUAGAAGAAAAGAUGAAAGGCGUGCAGAGAAGCAUAAGCUGAAAUCAAAAGAUGCUAUUUCUUCACCUUCAGAUGCUGAAAGGAAUCAUGGUGGUCAUUCUGAUGAUGAUCAAAGCGAUAAGAAAAAGUUAGAGAUUGAGUUGCGAGAAAAGGCCCUCGAGUCACUUAGGGCUAAGAAGAGCAUUGGCCAUUAAAUUUCUUAUGCGUUGGAAGAUUUCGCUGUUAUUUGAGCAUUUUAAUCUUCUUUUGGCUCCUUUUACUUUAUUGGAACUUCUGUGUUUGGUUGACUGUAUUAUUGAUAGCUAUUUAAUGUAGUCUGUCUUUACUCCUGGCAGCUGAAUGGAUUAAUGAGGAUUUCCUGAGCUAUUGUCUUGAGUUCCAACUUUUUGCUGACUUCCUGCUAAAUUUGCUGAUGAGAAUAUUUUCAACUAGAUGACUUGGUUGAGCAGAUCUUGUGCACCUCCAAAAUUUUGAACUCAUAGCAGCUUGAGAAUUGCCGCAGGGUAUUUGGUUGUCUAUUCUUCAGUGCCUUAUGUUCAUACCUGUUCAUCAUAUCCGAUUGUUGAUAGCAGCAGUUAAACAAAUACUGGUGCGUAGCUAUACUGCCAAUGCUCUGUAAAUAUUGUGUAAGGAAGCUAAUGCUACUCUUCCUUCUUGUCUCUUUUAUCCUAUGUAUUGCUUAUUCCUCGGUUUUUUUUUUGGAGGUCAUGUUUAGAACUAAAUUUUUGUGCUCAUAAUAGCAAAUGUUCUGGCGUAGGCACUUAUCCAGACAAAAAACAAAAGGUUGUUCUGAAGCCUAGUAUCUUAAUUUGAUCGGAGCUUAUUCUUGA